AGGAAUGGCUCCUUGUUGGUACCAAACAAGGGCAUCUUCUGCUUUACAGGAUCAAGAAAGACAUAGGUUGCAAUAGGUUUGAAGUGACACUAGAGAAAUCCAACAAGAACUUCUCAAAAAAGAUUCAGCAGAUUCAUGUUGUUUCUCAGUUUAAGAUUCUGGUCAGUCUAUUAGAAAGUAACAUUUAUGUCCAUGACCUGUUGACAUUUCAACAAAUCACCACGGUUUCGAAGGCAAAAGGUGCAUCUCUCUUCACUUGUGAUCUUCAGCAGUCAGAUACAGGGGAAGAGGUGCUGAGAAUGUGCGUGGCAGUGCGGAAGAAGCUACAGCUUUAUUUUUGGAAGGACAGAGAGUUCCAUGAACUACAGGGGGACUUCAGUGUACCUGACGUACCCAAGUCUAUGGCCUGGUGUGAAAAUUCUAUCUGUGUAGGCUUCAAGAGGGACUAUUACUUGAUACGGGUGGAUGGAAAAGGAUCUAUCAAAGAACUGUUUCCCACAGGGAAGCAGCUGGAACCGUUGGUAGCUCCUGUAGCAGAUGGAAAAGUUGCUGUUGGCCAAGAUGAUCUGACAGUUGUACUCAAUGAAGAAGGAAUCUGUACUCAGAAAUGUGCCUUGAAUUGGACAGAUAUUCCUAUAGCCAUGGAACACCAGCCUCCCUACAUAAUCGCUGUUCUGCCAAGGUAUGUGGAGAUCCGCACCUUUGAACCCCGACUGCUGGUACAGAGUAUUGAGCUGCAGAGACCACGCUUCAUCACCUCUGGAGGCACAAAUAUUAUAUAUGUGGCAAGUAAUCACUUUGUUUGGCGACUCAUUCCGGUGUCCAUAGCCACACAGAUCCAGCAGCUUCUGCAGGACAAGCAAUUUGAGUUGGCUUUGCAGUUGGCCGAAAUGAAAGAUGAUUCAGAUAGUGAGAAGCGACAACAAAUUCAUCACAUAAAGAACCUCUUUGCCUUCAACCUCUUCUGCCAGAAGCGCUUUGAUGAAUCCAUGCAAGUUUUUGCCAAGCUUGGUACAGAUCCCACUCAUGUGAUGGGUCUGUAUCCUGACCUCCUGCCCACAGAUUACAGGAAACAGCUACAGUAUCCCAACCCCCUACCAGGGCUCUCUGGGGCGGAGCUGGAGAAGGCACAUUUAGCUCUGAUAGACUACCUAACUCAAAAAAGAAGUCAGCUGGUGAAGAAGCUAAAUGAUUCUGACCAUCAGUCCAGUACCUCACCCCUCAUGGAAGGAACACCCACGAUCAAAUCCAAAAAGAAGCUGCUACAAAUUAUUGAUACCACUCUGUUAAAGUGUUACCUCCAUACAAAUGUAGCACUUGUGGCACCAUUGCUACGUCUGGAGAACAAUCACUGCCAUAUUGAGGAGAGUGAGCAUGUACUAAAGAAGGCACACAAAUAUAGUGAGCUGAUAAUACUGUAUGAGAAGAAAGGUCUGCAUGAGAAAGCAUUACAGGUAUUGGUGGAUCAGUCAAAGAAAGCCAACUCACCUUUGAAGGGUCAUGAGAGGACAGUGCAAUAUCUGCAGCAUUUGGGCACAGAGAACUUGCAUUUGGUAUUUUCCUACUCUGUCUGGGUGCUAAGGGAUUUUCCUGAAGAUGGACUGAAGAUAUUUACAGAAGACCUCCCUGAAGUGGAAGCUUUGCCACGAGACAAAGUGCUCAGUUUCUUGAUAGAAAAUUUUAAAAGCUUGACUAUUCCUUACCUGGAACACAUCGUUCAUGUCUGGGAGGAAACGGGUGCAGACUUUCACAACUGUCUGAUCCAGCUGUACUGUGAGAAAGUGCAGGGCUUAAUGAAAGAAUAUCUCAGUUCUUUCCCUGCAGAUAAAAAUCCGGUGCCUGCUGGGGAGGAAGGAGGAGACUUGGGGGAUUACCGGAAGAAGCUUCUACUUUUUCUGGAGAAGUCUAGCUGGUAUGAACCUAGUCGACUAAUUAGUGACUUCCCCUUUGAUGGUCUUCUAGAAGAACGUGCUCUGCUGUUGGGUCGUAUGGGGAAGCAUGAGCAAGCUCUGUUUAUUUAUGUUCAUAUUUUGAAGGACACCAAUAUGGCUGAAAACUACUGCCAUAAACAUUAUGACAGAAACAAAGAUGGCAACAAAGACGUCUAUCUGUCACUGCUCCGGAUGUACCUCUCCCCACCUAGUGUUCAUUGCCUGGGACCAAUCAAGAUGGAAGUGCUGGAGCCUCAAGCCAAUCUGCAGGCUGCUCUGCAGGUUUUGGAGCUACAUCACAGCAAACUGGAUACCACCAAGGCAAUAAACCUACUCCCAGCAAAUACACAGAUUAGUGAGAUUCGAAUCUUCUUAGAGAAAGUCCUUGAAGAAAAUGCUCAGAAGAAGAGAUUUAAUCAAGUACUCAAGAAUCUUCUCCAUGCAGAGUUUCUGAGGGUCCAGGAGGAGCGGAUCUUGCAUCAGCAAGUGAAGUGCAUUAUUACAGAGGAGAAGGUGUGCACUGUAUGUAAAAAGAAAAUAGGUAACAGUGCAUUUGCUCGAUACCCUAAUGCAAUAGUUGUGCAUUAUUUCUGCUCCAAAGAAGUCAACACACUGGACACCUGACCUUGUUGUGGUCAAUAAUCCCAACAUUCAUGUGAAAUUCUGAACUGACGACUUAAGAAGUUGGUGCCUCUCAGAUUUAUGAGGCAUGUUGCUAGGUUCUCUUACAAUGAGUAGAAGCCAUUUGUAUCUAUGGACCCAAGUGUACCUGUCUGGCAAUGUUGAUUUACUAGGAAAUGACUUUAACCGUGUUGUUAUAGCACUGGCAACUACACUGAACCUCUCAGUACUCAGAUGAAGACUAGAACCUGAUUUUUGUAGUGAGUUUUGUAUUGCACUCCAAC